AUGCCCGUCAAGCACGUUCUUAAUGUAGCUGAAGAGGCCGAGGAAGGAUGGGCGAAUUCAUCUGCGCCAUUCCGGCCCGCGAAAUCGCAAGUCUGCGUCAAUGAGAAGGGCGAAAGCACAGGGAAUGGUCUAUUCGCCAAUGUAGACUUCGAACCCGGCCAGUUGGUCGCAUCUAUCAGGCGGCCCAUUGUAGGCUCACUGGACACUGAACGCUUACUCGACACGUGUGCAAAUUGCUAUGUCUGGACCGAAGGUGUAUCAACAGGCACAAGAACAUAUGUCCCAGAGGGCGUCAAGGUGUCAAAGUGCGCUGGAUGUCAAAGGUUUCGAUACUGCAGCAAGGCAUGCCAGAAAGCAGCAUGGAACCGUGGUCAUAAGUACCAAUGCAAGAUCCUCAAGAAACUAGGCGAACGGGAGAUUCCAAAGGCUGUUCUUGCAUGCAUGGAUCUUCUGACCAUGAAGAAGCACGACAUCAUACCAGAUGAGGCAUGGAACAUGUUGCUCAGCUUGCCAUCCCACGUCGACGACUUCAAAGCGAACGGUAACUACGGCAACAUCGAGUUGAUGGCGAUGGGCGCAAGUCAGUUCUCGGUCACACAAGAUCUCUUUGACAAGGACUUCGUAGCAGCAAUGUAUGCGAGGGUCCUUACGAAUUCUUUGACACUCAUCACUCCCACACUGGAUCCUCUGGGUAUCAUCGUGGACCCGAUGCUGGGUCACUUCAAUCACUCCUGCGACCCUAAUGCCUACAUCAUCAUGGAUGGAGCCGAAGUCAACGUACGGUCACUCAAGCCUAUCAAAAAGGACGAAGAAAUCUUCAUCUCGUACAUCGACACGACCAAUCCCUACUAUCGACGUCAAUACGAGCUCAAACAACGCUGGUUCUUCACAUGCAAAUGUGCCAAGUGUCAAAAGGGCGCGACUCUUGAUGAGGACAAAUGGGCCAUCUAUCCCAAGGAUCUGCCACAGGAGAUGCAGCAAGUCGCCGAGAUGAUGACCAAGAACGAGAGCUUCGCAUCAGACCCAGCAAACUAUGUUGGCAACUCGAAGAUUGAGAAAUACAUCGCCACCAUCCAGGGCAAGGCUUACGCUGAGUAUGAAGCAGCGCAGCGCGCCUCUCCAGAACAAGCGAAAGAGAUCAUCGUGAAUGGAAUGCGCCUGUGUCAUCAAUCUGGUCUAUGGCCUGUGUAUCGUCAACCGUAUGCUGCGCUCAGAGACGAGCUGAUCGUGAACUUGCUUGCGACGGGAGUCUACCCAGUGGCAUGGGCGCAGUGCGCGAAACGAUACAAGCAUAUCCAGCCGAAGCUGUACCCAGUACCCUCCCACCCUGUACGAGUGGUCCAGACCUGGCAAAUGGCAAUGUUGGCUGCUUACUUCGCUGGUGAGGAGGAAGGAAUCGGAGCGCCGGGAGCCAACAUGGGGUUGAUAGCCAUGAUGCUCACCAAGCAAGUGCUAGAUGCUUCGGCGUUGAGCCAUGGCCCCAACAGUGCUUUCGCAAGGAGUGUGAAGAGCAAGGCGGAUGAGAUGAGCGAGGAACUGAAGAGGAGUGUAGGACAGAAUCCAGACAGAGAUGUCAUCAACAAGGAGCUUGAGUCGCAGAAGGAAAUGCUGAUGGAGAUGGGCGACUGGAUUCAGUACUAAGGUGCCAGCGCAUGCAAGGACGAUAACAGGAAUAAGAUCAUAAGACAAACCAGAGUCGUCUUUGCCCAAGUGGAUUCACGCUCACCCAAUCGUGCUUAAGCUCAAGUGGUGAACAUUUCAACAACAGGAACAACUAGCUUAGUGCAAACCCGACGAUGGCUCCCCUGGAAGAUGUCAGGGUACGACGCACAGCCGUGUGCAUAAAGGAGCGCGAAGCCGCUCACGUCCACCAUCACCAAGUUGUUGCAGCUCACCAGCGCUUCCAACAGUCCGUACUACGACGUACUACGGGCGACAGUACGGUGUAUGGUAACGUACCGUAGGCAAGGCAUGUAGCUAUCUGUGAGAGGGGGCCAGCUGGGGAUACCAACUGCUCUCUGAGAUGGAAGGAUUGGUGGAAGGAUGGUUCAGGCUUGUUGGAGAUAAGGGUGUAGAGGAGACCAAGUGUGGGGAUACCACAA